AUGGCACUAAGUAAAGCCCGUCGUGUAAAGCAAGACCCUGGCACUAUCAAGCAUAAUGCCAAUACAAACACGACAAGAACAGGUCACAUGGUCUGCAUCACCAGUGUUCCGUCAAUUCUAUGUGCCAGUGAACGUACUGUACGAGAUUUCUUUGCUGAAUAUGGCAUGCUCUUGUCCAUUACGAUUCAUCACAACUUCCUCGAUACGGAAUCAGACGGAUUCAUUUACUUGGAAUAUUCAGAAAAAGAGGAAGCGGAGAAUGCUGUUGCUGCAGUAAAAGAGAAAAGCGUGGGGUUAGCAGCAUGUUCCGAUGCGAUAUUUGAGAGAGCAGUGCUUCCAUCUGAAAUUACGGGAAUGAAAGCGGCUAUGGCACUUUGUCGGAAAGCGCCGAAGCUCGAAGUGGAUGAGGAGAUAAAGGACAUUCUUCUAGGACGACAAGAACUGAACCGGUUCACGCAGAGCCAUCCCAUGGACGAGGAUGAUGAUCUUAUUUUACAGAGCUUGUCGCAGCAUUCAUUCACAAACUCUCAAUCGAAAAAGAAGAAGAGGCGAUCUCAGGCCGGUGGUCCAGUUUCAAGUAGACUGAAGAAGACCAAGAAGACGAGAUCCAAUACGAUAGCAAUGCUCACCGACUAG